AACCAACCAAACAGUCUCAGCUUAUAAAAAGGAAUCUGAAACCUUCAUUUUCAUCUCCCUUCACCGAUUCUCCGAUCAUUCUCUACCGUCCUCUAAAAAUUCAUCAACGAGAGAACAAGUCUUCGACGUUUCUCCUCGAAAGGAAUGGAUUCAGUGUUUGCAGCCAUUGUUCAGGCUCCUGAAGAUCCCAUUCUCGGGGUUACAGUUGCUUAUAACAAGGAUCAAAGUCCGGUCAAGUUGAAUUUAGGCGUUGGUGCUUACAGAACUGAGGAAGGAAAACCUCUGGUUCUCAAUGUUGUUCGGAAAGCAGAACAGCUUCUUGUUAAUGACCAGUAUAGAGUCAAGGAGUAUCUUCCUAUUCUUGGUCUUGCAGAGUUUAAUAAAUUGAGUGCUAAGCUCAUUCUUGGUGAUGACAGUCCUGCUAUUCAACGGAACAGAGUGGCUACUGCUCAAUGCUUGUCCGGUACUGGCUCCUUGAGGGUUGGAGCUGAGUUUUUAGCAAAGCAUUAUCACGAACAUACUAUAUACAUUCCACAGCCAUCAUGGGGAAACCAUUUGAAAGUUUUCACGAUGGCAGGGUUGUCGGUGAAGACUUAUAGCUACUAUGAUCCAACAACUCGUGGUCUUAAUUUCCGAGGCUUGCUAGAGGAUCUUGGUGCUGCACCAGCUGGAGCUGUAGUGCUUCUUCAUGCCUGUGCUCAUAACCCAACGGGUGUUGAUCCAACUGUUGAACAAUGGGAGCAGAUCCGGAAGCUGAUAAGAUCUAAAGGGCUAUUGCCUUUCUUUGACAGUGCUUACCAGGGAUUUGCAAGUGGUAGCUUAGAUGCGGAUGCACAACCUGUUCGCAUGUUUGUUGCAGAUGGAGGGGAAUGCUUUAUAGCUCAAAGUUAUGCAAAAAACAUGGGACUUUAUGGGGAGCGUGUUGGUGCUCUCAGCAUUGUCUGUAAGGCGGCUGAUGUUGCAAGCAGGGUUGAGAGCCAGUUGAAGCUUGUGAUUAGGCCCAUGUAUUCCAAUCCACCAAUCCAUGGUGCCUCAAUUGCAUCCACCAUCCUGAAAAAUAGUGAUAUGUAUAAUGAGUGGAAGAUUGAAUUGAAAGCAAUGGCAGACCGAAUUAUUAGCAUGAGGAAACAACUAUUUGAUGCUUUAACUGCUAAAGGUACCCCAGGUGACUGGAGUCACAUUAUCAAGCAGAUUGGAAUGUUUACUUUCACAGGAUUGAACGGUGAUCAAGUUGCCUUCAUGACCAAAGAGUACCACAUUUACAUGACAUCUGAUGGGAGGAUUAGUAUGGCAGGUCUUAGCUCCGGUACCGUUCCCCAUCUUGCUGAUGCUAUACAUGCUGCAGUCACCCGUGCCUCUUAGAAAGCAAAUUUCAAAGUUAUAUACCGACCAUCAAAUUACAUUUUGGCUUUUAGCCCCAUCUAUGUAAUGGCUUUUCUCUCCAACUUUUCAAGCAAAUAUGAUUUUCCAUAAUAAUUGCUAGUCCUGGAUUCGAACCAGGUUUUUGGAUAUUUCGAUUUCAAUGUUAUAAAAUUGCCUUUGACUUUAUGCUAAACGCCUUCAUAAAUGGAAUACUUGCAGUUAGUAUCAAUA